UGCUUUCUUCAUCUCCAUUUCUUUCUCUUCGUCUCGGCCGGGAAUGGCGACACCAACUCGGGAAGCGAUCGAGACCUUCAUGAGCAUCACCGGCGCGUCUGAGUCACUCGCCUUGCGUAAACUGGAGGGUUUGUUUGUCGUUUCAUCUUCUGGACUUUUCACCGGCGUUUCCUUCUCAUAAUGCGCGACCAAAAUGCCGUCAUAUCUGAAAGAAAAUUGGAUCAGAUCUCUACUUUCUGUUUUGAUUUUGGUUUCUUCAACAGUAAUUUUGCUGAUUUUCUUAGAUUACAAGCAUUGUAUCACUUUGUUGUCACUUAAUGUCGCCUGUAAUGUGAUAUAAUCUAUCUUACGCUUGCUAAGAUGCUCGGAGUCAUGUAGAUCCUUUCCUUUAAAGCAGAAGAUACGCUUGCUUGUUUGCUCGCUCUAACAAAUAAGUUUCAAUGUUUACAUAUAUUGUGCUGUAAAUUCUAUGAGAUUCCUGAUCUCUGGUGUCUCUUGAUGAUUAUCAGGAGUAUGGAGGCAAUCUCAAUCAGGCUGUGAGUGCACAUUUUCUUGAAGUGGAAAGAAGCAUUACAAAUUCAGCUCUCCCUGUCUCUCCUCGAUACAAUCCUGCGGAUAUGGACAAUCGCUCUGGAGGCAGAAGAGGUGGAAUUUUACCUCUUUUGUCCUCUGUUAGAAGUUUUAGGCCUUCAUUACUAUUUAAUCCCAAUUACAGGAGAAAUUUAUUCAACCAGAUUGGUGCUUCUAGUUUAAAUAACCGUACAACAUUUUCUAACGUGGGAGACAUGAGGGGCACCGCUGUAGAGUACAAUAGUGGGAAUGAGGAUCAUCAUUUUGAACCGAGACAUCCCACUGAGGUUUCAAGUGGAACAUCAUCAUAUUAUGGCACUGGAAUUAAUCAGAAUGCGUUGCAGAAUAGUGAUUCACAUCUAAAUAACAAUGAUGUAGAAUCUGAAAUGAUGCAAGCUGCAAUUGAGGCUUCUAAGCGUGAUUUUGAAGAUGCUUAUUUGAGGAGGCAAUAUGGCUCGUCCAAUGAAUCAUUUGGUGUUGGUGUACAGCAGAGGUGGGAUCAUGAAGAAGAAGAAGAAGAAGAUGAACUUGCUCAUGCACUUUCAUUGUCAUUGAAGACAGCUGAGGAAGAGAGAGCAAUACGUGAGCGUACAAUGGAAGGUGAAUAUGAACAAUUAGGUAUUCACGUUUCAAGUAGAAGAACUGAGACAACCAGUGGCCACUCAAAGGCAGGAAGCUCAUCAAUUCAGCACUUGGGUCCUGAUACUCAUGAUAAUCUUCAGAACUCAAAAGAUGCCUUUUAUUCUAAUGAGUGGGGUGGUAUUUCUUCAAAAGAGCUUGAUGAAGCAAUCAUGCUUGAGACCCAACUCUUCAGCCAGAUUCCUAAAGGUUCUUCAUAUGGUUCUACCCAGAGAACACACAAGCCAAGUGAUCCAGAUAGAACUGUAGGUCCUCGACCAGAGGCUGCAUCUAAUCUGUCAUCAUCUACUAUAAUGGAACAGCGAUUACUGCGUGAACAACAGGACAAUGAGUAUCUUGCAUCCCUUUUAGCUGAUAGAAAGAAAGAAAUGAAUGUGCAGAAGGAAGCUGAAACUCGUAGUCUGAAGGAAGAAGGAUCUAAGAUGAAAAGGGCUGAAGGAGAGAGAGUACAAAGAGUGAUGGCUGCAAAAGAGGUUUCACUGCCAAAGGAGCCAGCUAUAGACGAUGAGAAUGCAGUUACUCUACUUGUUCGGAUGCCAGAUGGCAGCCGCCAUGCUCGUCGCUUUCUUAAGUCAGACAAGCUGCAGCUUCUUUUUGACUUCAUAGAUGUUGGCAAAUUGAUGAAGUCUGGCACUUAUAGAGUGGUUAGACCAUACCCCCGGCAUGCUUUUAGUGUUGAUGAUGGUACUUCAAGUUUGAAUGAGCUUGGUCUCACCAGCAAACAAGAAGCCCUAUUCCUGGAACUAUUAUAGCACCAGAAUUGAAGCAUAU